AUGAUACGUGCUGCUUCACCAUCUCUGCUCAAGAGACGCAUCCAAACAGAUGGCCCGAGGCGCCAUAGAUCCGUGUCUUAUUCUCCUUCUGCUGGCGUGGUGGACAUCAAAUUGGAUGGAAUAGACGUGUUCAGAUUCAAUUCCAAGAAUCCAGUACUAAAAGAUAUAAGAUGGACGAUUUCAGCUGGCCAAACAUGGGCCGUCAUUGGUCCUGUAGGCUCUGGCAGAUCAACUUUGGGAGAAACCCUAGCUGGCAGGCACAGAAUAGAACCAUUCGAAAACGGUUCUUGGGAAUUUAUAAAACGCCUACAGUCCCAACAAACACUACCAGUCGACUCAUUCGGUAGACCAUUGUCGCUCUGGACUGGCGAUUUGAUUAAAUGUGUGUCAUUCAAGGAGGAAUCGGCAUGGGAUUACUCUAGAGGCUACUACCAGCAACGAUAUAACUGGAUUGAUUACUGGGAAGACACCUCGCUGGAGGGGUACCUGAAAAGCGGGCUGGAAGAUUUAGCGUCUCUGGCUGAUGAAGCUAGUUUGAAUUCAAAGGAACGUAGAGCAGCAACAAUUGACAAAUCAGUAAAAGAAGUCGCUCGACAAUUCGAUUUGGAAAAGCUGUUGACUCAGAGCUUUUCAAUACUGUCUAAUGGACAGACGAGAAGGUCGAGGAUUGCCAGGGCGUUGCUGAUGAAACCUCAGAUGAUAAUACUGGAUGAGCCAUUUAUGGGACUGGAUCCAUCACAACGAACCAAAAUCUCAGACCAUCUAGGCCACGUCCUUUCCGAAGGGUAUACUAGAAUGCUGCUCCUACUACGACCUCAAGAUAUAGUUCCAUCCUGGGUUACGCAUGCAAUGUAUCUAUCGAAAUCAGGAGUUAUAGAGUAUGCAGGACCAAAAGAUCCCAAUCGUAUACAUUCUAGUCAGGACAGCGAUGAAGAAACUAGAUGGUCGAGACCUGUAAAGAAAGUAGAUGGUCCGGUUGUAGUAGGAUUGGACAAGGUUAAUGUCGCCUAUGAUGAUCGAAAGGUUUUGAUAAAUGUGGAUUGGGAUGUCAGGCAGGGAGAACGAUGGGCGUUGCUUGGCAAGAACGGCUCUGGAAAAUCAACUCUCCUAGCGCUCCUCCUUGGUGACCAUCCACAAUCCUACUCCAACGCGAUAACCCUCUUUGGCUCACCCCGCGGAUCAGGCGAAUCAAUAUGGGACAUUAAAGCCAAAAUUGGAUACGUGUCUCCUGAACUUCACAUGUACUUCCCGACAUCUUUGACAUGCUUUGAAGUUGUGCAGACGGGCUUUUCAGAUGUGCUUUAUGCUAAAGAAACGACGCCCGAGCAAGAUGCGGCUGUGAUUGACAUGUUUAAAGAGCUGCGUGUUGAUGAAGGGUUGUGGAAGAAGAGCUUUAGGAGUGUGUCGAGUGGUGAGCAACGGCUUGUGUUGUUGUGUAGAGCGUUGAUCAAGAAGCCGACGUUACUUGUGUUGGAUGAACCGUUUCAGGGUCUUGAUGACGACCAAGUCGCUCGAUGCAGGCAAUAUCUAGAUACGGAACUCAGGCCCGAUCAAACAGCCAUCCUCGUAACACACCACGAUGAUGAAAUACCAAACACGUUCGGUAGAAUGCUCAGAUUAGAACAAGGACGAGUUUCAGAAUGCAUAUAG